CGCGGACUCCGUUUUACCGGUUCAAGAAAUUCACAACGUUUCAUUCAUUUUGGAACUCCUUGGUCCUUGACUGGAGGGUUUGCCCCGGAUCCUACCAUGACAAUGACGGCCAUCAGCUCUCGUUCUCGGUCAGAUCAACGCCGGACCGACCUGGACCAGGUGGGUAGACGCGAUUGUUCGGUGGGCUGAGCACAGUCAGAGAACGUUUAUCCUUGGACAGCGCGGCGUCCAUGAAAACGAGCCGGGCGCUUGAGUGGAAUGCAUGUGACGAGAAGCCGAGAUCCAUCAGAGCCACUGGAACCUCGGAAUCAGAAGCGAGUAAAACUAUGAACGGAGGACGAGAACCUUUGACGGAUGCGGUGGAAACGCCAGCAGGCACGCUGAUUUGGAUCGUGAACUGCCAGCAGUGAGAAAAUGUUCGAACUCUGGUGAAGAACCUACAUUCUGAUUGAACCCGAUGUGAGUGGGAACGUUGGCCAGGGUGGGUCGGGCCAUCGACAUAAACGGGGGGUCGAGUGUCUGAAUCCGAAACUCCCUG